UGAUCCUCCCACUUCUGUCUCCCAGAGUGCUAGGAUUACAGGUGUGAGCCACCACACCUGGACUCUCUUUUCAGUGGUUAAUACAUUCACAAAGCUGUGCAACCAUCACCACUAAUUCCAGAACAUUGUCAUCAUCCCAAAAAGAAGGCUGUCGCCAUUAGCAGUUGCUGCCCAUUUCAGUCUCCCCCAGACCUUGGUAACCACUCAUCCACUUUCUGUCUUGCAUUUAUUUUUUUGAGACAGCUUAAGAUGUGGUUCACAUACCAUACAGUUCACUCAGAGUGUGCAAGUCAGUGGGGUUUUGUUGGCGUGUUCAUAGAUACAUGCAGCUAUGAUCAGAUUCAAGCUUAGAGUUUCCUCAUCCCAGGAAAAAACUACUUUAUGUACCCAUUGCCCCAGCCCUGAGCAACCACCAAUGUGCGUUCUGUGCCUCUGUGUGUCCCUGUUGGCCUAUAUCAUAAAAGGCAGAGCAGCCUCUGUUGGGGUGGGGGUGGGGGGUCCCUUCUUCCUUUGUGGCUGUAUUUGAAGGCUGAGUCAUGGCCUUGGGUUUGUUUUCACUGCCCUGGGCGAGUGGGCCCAGAUUUAACAUCAGCCAGCCCAGAGCAUAAUUAGGAAAGUAACUCUUCCAUAGGAGUCCUUGGUGGCUUCAGGGCCUCAGGCACUUGUCCUCUGGUGCCCUCCAUGGGUGCAGUGUCCCAGUGGAUGCAUCCGUGCCCUUGUGUAACACUGAAUUUGGCCAGCAGAGAGGGAAGUUUAACUUCCUGCAGUCUGUGUACUAACCUAGUGUGUAGAUCCCAGGUUGGGAAGAUUGAACUAAGCGUAUGACCAAACAUUUCUGUGCAGACAUCGCAGGAUUGGGUUUCCUUCUGGCUGUGAUGGAUCUCAAGUUCUCUUUAUUGUCCUCUGUCUGCCAUGGGCCAGGACAUCUGCAGCAGGGGCAGGAGGAGCUUGUCCUAGAGGUUUCCAGGGAGAACCAACAAAAUAGAGCCAGUCACCAGUCUCGCAGACUGAGCAGUCACUAAUAAGAGGGACUGUACAUUGAGUCUGUAGAAGUAAUGUGCUUAAGAUACCUGGCAUAGUAAGCACCAUAGAAAUGCUAUUAUUUUUAGACUAUUUUAUUGAGAUAUAAUUCAUAUAGCAUGCAAUUUAUCCACUUAAGGUGUGCAAUUCAGUGGUUUUUAGGAUGUUCACAGAGUUGUGCAAUCAUCAGCACUAUCUAAUGUCAAAACAUUUUCAUCACCCCCAGAAGACGCCCUGUCCCAAUGAGCAGUUCCUCCCCAGCCCCUGGCACCCACGAAUCCACGUCCCGUCUAUGUGGAUCUGCCUAUUCUGGGCAUUUCAUAUAAAAUGGAGUCACACGCUGUGUGUCCUUCUGUGUCUGGCUUCUCUCACUGAGCACGAUGUCUUCAAGGUCCAUCCACGCUGUGGCCUGUGUCAGAGCCUUGGUCCUUUACAUGGCUGAGUAAUUUUCCACAUGUGGGUGGAACAUGUGUGUGUCUGGGCAUUUGGGCUAUUUCCACCUUGCAGCUGUUGUGACAGUGCUGCUGGGAACAUUCGCAUAGAAGUUACCAUGUGGAUGCGUGUUUUCGUUUCUCUCGGGUAGAUACGCAGGAUUGCAAUGGCUGGGUCGUAGGGAGCUUUUCACUGUUGGAGGAGCUGCCAGACCGUUUUUCAAAACUGCUGCUCCCUUUCACAACCCACUACCAUGGUGACAGUGUGCUGGUCAGGUGUAGUCAUGUUGCGGUAUGACACUCAGCACACAGGGCAAUCCUACAGAUUGGUGUCUGUGUUUCCCAGAGAGCGCUGAGGGCAGAGCUUUGCAUUCCGCCUUCACCCAAUCCAGGGCACCCCGGGCAGCUUUUCAGGGUCCUGGCCCUGAAUCUUUGCGCGAGACCCCUUCACACCUUCCCCAAGGCGAGGAGGCUGCUUUCAGAGCUGUCCCUCCAAACCUACUCUCCUCGGAGUCUUCUCUCGAGCAUGAGCUAAUUCUGUUUUUGGAAUGUUCUGGACACGGUCAGCCAGCCUCCCCGGCCGGGACCCACAAUCCUGUAGCCCAAGCGGGAAGAAGUUCCGCAGCAAGCCGCAGCUGGCACGCUACCUGGGCGGCUCCAUGGACCUGAGCACUUUUGACUUCCGCACGGGGAAGAUGCUGAUGAGCAAGAUGAACAAGAGCCGCCAGCGCGUGCGCUAUGACUCAUCCAACCAGGUCAAGGGCAAGCCCGACCUGAACACGGCGCUCCCCGUGCGGCAGACGGCGUCCAUCUUCAAGCAGCCGGUGACCAAGAUCACCAACCACCCCAGCAACAAGGUGAAGAGCGACCCACAGAAGGCGGUGGACCAGCCGCGGCAGCUCUUCUGGGAGAAGAAGCUGAGUGGCCUGAACGCCUUUGACAUCGCGGAGGAGCUGGUCAAGACCAUGGACCUCCCCAAGGGCCUGCAAGGGGUGGGACCUGGCUGCACAGACGAGACCCUGCUGUCGGCCAUCGCCAGCGCCCUGCACACCAGCACCAUGCCCAUCACCGGGCAACUCUCGGCUGCAGUGGAGAAGAACCCCGGCGUGUGGCUUAACACGACACAGCCCCUGUGCAAGGCCUUCAUGGUGACCGACGAGGACAUCAGGAAGCAGGAGGAGCUGGUGCAGCAGGUGCGGAAGCGGCUGGAGGAGGCGCUGAUGGCCGACAUGCUGGCACACGUGGAGGAGCUGGCCCGUGAUGGCGAGGCGCCGCUGGACAAGGCCUGCGGGGAUGAGGAUGAGGAGGAGGAAGAGGAGGAGGAGGAGGAGCCUGACCAAGACCAGGAGAUGGAACACGUCUAGGGCAGAUGUCCUGCCGAGAGCCCCACACUGCGGGGGCACCAGCCACAAGCCACCUGCAGACUCGGCCCUCGGCCAUGCUUGGGACCAGGUUCCGGAGCCAGGCCCAGCCAGGGAGGAAGGCUGCCCCUGCCCGCUCCAUCCUCCCUGUCCCGGGCCUCGGGCACAACUGGGGACAGCCCCCCACCUGACGGACCCUCCACGCCUGCUCUGGGAAGGGCCUGCGUUCCGGAACUGCCGGUCGAUCCUGGGCCCUGCCUGGCAGGAGGCCCCUCCUGUGGCUGCCACCCCAGCCCCUGGAGACAGAAAAGCCACCUGCAAGUGCCCGCCUGGGCUGCACCCAGGGACCGGGGCCACCUGUGAGGAUUCUUCAGUUGCCUCGUCUCCACGAGGCUGGAGAAAUACUUCUGGAACCAGUCGCCUCCCCGUGCAGUGCGUGGGACGACGCUCUGAACCUCGGCCCUCCUUGUGCACGGCCACCCGGCAGGGCAGAGCCACAACAGGGCACACCUAGGAGGUCCCGUCCCUUCAAUAAACCCAUGAUACACAUGA